GACCUCAUUUUAUUAUCACUGAGAAUGGUUGUUUGUGGUGGUGACACUAGGAAUAGACUAUCACCCCUCUCUCGCUCCCUCAUACGUUAUUGUCGCUCACCCUUCGUAUUUCAACCAGCUCAAAAUGCCACUUUACAACGUCACUCUCAAGAAGGACUCUCCUCCCGAGAAGCUGGAGCAGGCCAAGGAAAAGGCUAAGCUGGAGGGAGGAAACAUCAAGCACGAAUAUACCCUCAUUAAAGGCUUCACCGUCGAAUUUCCCGAGGACGCGGUAUUUAAUCUCGAAGCAGAUGAUCACAUCCACGUUGAGCAGGACGGCGAAAUGAGAACUCAGUAGUAGAGAAAAUAUCCAAAGUCCGUCCUCAUGCCUUGAUAAUGUCGUCGAUGAACGCUACAACAAUUACAUCCUCCAGGAAGUGUGCUGCAUGUUCUUCAGCCCCAUGGAUGUAUCAGAUGUACGAGUUACGAAUUUGAAUUGAGUACCAUGCCUGACUGACAAGGGGGGGGGGAAGGAGACAUGGUUGCCUGUCAGAUGGGAACACGCCUUGAUCAAGCCUGGUCGU